GUGUUCAUACAUCCUUUCCCAAUUGAAUUUACUGUCGUCUGGGUUGCACAACAAUGGGGAUAAUAAUAUCAAAAUUUCGUAAAAAGGAAUCGUCCUUUCAAGUGUUGGAGAAACUUGAGAAGAAAAUUUGCGAAAUUGAGAGUUAUUCCGUGGAGACGCAGAAGCGACAGAAGAGAUUUGUGGGAAAUUUUAUUGUAGGCUCAUUGGGUGUAUUUAUCAUCUGUUUCGGCGUAUUUUACUUCUUUUUUUUCCCUCCAACAUGGACUGAGAGGAUUUUAUACAGUUGGCCUCUCCUCUGUUUUCCCGUUCUAAUCUUCGCUGUGAGAUGGAUCCUUAAUUUUUACUUUGAUAGGCAACUCAACAAGAAGUCCAACGAACUCUUUUCAUUGCGUGACAAAAAGAGAGAGACACUUGAGAAUGUAAUGAACAAUGAACCCUACAAAGUCGCUCUUCAAAUCUUGGAGAGAUUCAGUGACAAGAGCAUUCCACUGAAAAGUAAAAAGAGUCCUGCCACUACUCCAAGCGCUUCUCCCGCCACGCCAGAUAGUAGGUGGGUGCUGAGGCAGCAGGAAACGCCACAGGUCCGCAAUGUGAACUACGUCAGUCCUUAUCGGCCUCAGUUAGGCAAUCCGGCUGCCAAUUUGUCUACUACGCCUCUUCGGCCGGUGAGGACUCCAGCUACAGCGACGCCUGUAUCAAGAACAGGUCCUCAGACGCCAGUUCCUACGCGUCCUCUGACCUUCCCACUGAUCGAUUGGCAGAAGCGGGGAGUUGUUGAACGCAUGGUGGACUACUUGGUCGGGGAUGGACCUUCGAUGCGCUACGCAAUGAUUUGCAAGUUCUGCUUUAGGCACAAUGGUAUGGCCCUGCAAGAAGAAUUUGAAUACUCAAAUUUUGUCUGUGCUUACUGCAACCAAAUGAAUCCGGCACGGAAGUUGCGUCCGACGGCAACAAGUCUGGAGAGAAACGGCAGAAGUGGGGGUGUCGGGGUUCAAGCGAAAACAAGUGAGAAGACUGAGAGUUCAGAAGAAACACCAUCAACAAAGUCAUCGGAUAAUGAAGACGACCCACUUUUCACACCGUGGAAGAGCCAAGAGGGUAGUCAGGACGAGAAAGGGGCAGAGGCUGGUGAUGAGAAGGACAGCGAAGGUGGACCAAGUGUUUUAGCCGAGGGGGAAAAGGAUGCUGAGGCGAAGAAAGUGGAUUAACCUGGGGGCUUUAACAAUGACACUCACCAAGUCAGUUUUACAUUAAAUUAUGCUGAGAAUAAAUUUUUUGCGUUAACCAAAAGAAA